GAAGAAACCAUUACUGUCACAGGGAAAACCUUUCCAUUUUCCUUUCCAGUUAUGAAUUAAUCAAGUCCAUAUAUCUUUGUAAAAGCGACUAAUCACGCGAAUCAAUUAUUUGAAAAGAUAAAAGAAUUAUUCACUGCCACCACUGUAUCAUAGAAAACACAUGCGUUUACAUUUAGAUCGUUUGACCAUAACAGUUUUCUUGUGGACGUGAAAACUUAUGGAUCUGGACUGACUGACUGAAGAUAGAUCAUUGAAACAAGAAUAGUUGUAUUCAAUUAUUUUUCGAUAAUUCUACGAUAAAUUAUCAUUUAUUAUUAUUAAACAUGGACAAGCGAGUAAUAGAGGAUCAAUAUCUGAAAAUCAAUAAAUUUUUUGGACAGCUAGUUGGUGUGUGGCCUUAUCAGCAAAGAUUCAUCAAGUUUUGCAUAAGAUUCAUUACAUCUGUCAUAGUGGUUCUUACUCUUGCAGCACAGAUAUCACGGGUAAUAAUAUUUUAUAGUAUAGACGUUUUAUCAGAUCAAUUGCCAUACCUGGACGUAGGAUUCGUUCUCUUAUUCAAACAGUACAAUUAUAUCCUAAACGAGGAUAAGCUCAGAGAACUUUUGAAUGAAAUUAUAUCCGAUCGAUUGAUAAAACGAUCGAAGGAAGAGUUAGAGAUUCUGGAAAUCUAUUUAAAAAGAGCAAGAGUGCUUUCUACUGUUUACGAAGUCAGUAUAUUUUUCUGCGGCUUCAUGUUCCUCCUUAUACCAAGCAUACCACCUAUUUUGAACAUCAUCUCGCCCUUGAACGAGUCGCGUGGCCGGGAACUAAUCUAUCCAUCUUAUUAUUUCGUGGAUGAAGAGAAAUAUUACUAUCCCAUAUUAAUGCACAUGAUAGCGGUUGCGUUAAUACUGACUUCGGUAUACGUAGCCUGCGAUACGUAUUUGGUUUACAUUGUGCAUCAUGGAUGCGCCUUGUUAGCCAUCAGCGGGUAUCGUUUCAAGCACGCGGUGGAUGACAUAAAGCUUUGCGGAGGAGAUUGUAUUGACCCGUUAACGGAUGAAACUUACACGAAAGUCAGACAGUCCAUUAAAGCCCACAAAAUGGCCGUUGAAUACGUGGAUAAAAUAGACGCCUGCCACAUACAUUACUUCUUACUUAUCAUAGGAAUGAUAGUAUUAGCUUUCACCGGUACUUUCGUAAAGUUGUCAUCGAUGGAAGUGAAUGUUAGGUUUUUCACGUUCUGUGCGUUCACUGUUGGCCAGUUGACACAUCUGUUUUUUUUAACGAUCAUGGGACAAUUUUUGAUAAACGCCAACGAGGAAAUUUUCAAAACAAUAUAUGAAGCACGUUGGUACAACGGUUCCUCGAGAACGCAAUCAUUAUACAUAUUGGUACUUCGAAAAUGUUUGAGCCCGCCAAAAUUGACAGGAGGAGGAUUGGUUGCUUUGAAUUUGGACAGCUUUUUACAGAUUGUUCUGAUCAUGGACGCGAGAACAGUGGAAAAAAAUUUUUUGAAAGUCAACAAAAUAUUCGGAUUAAUAACCGGUGUAUGGCCGUAUCAGAAUUAUCGGUCGAAAAUGGCGGAACGAUUCAUAAGUGUCACGGUGAUGAUGAGUGGUUUCGUGACACAGUUUGCAUAUCUUGUAUUGAAUCCCACUAUGGACAAAAUAGCAACGAACUUGCCUUAUUCUAUAGCAUCGUUUGGAACAUUUGUAAAAAUGGGUAAUUACUUUUUGGAUGAAACUAAGUUGACAACAAUAUUGAAUCACAUAUUCGAAGAUUGGGCGACGAUAAAAAGCAAAGAAGAAUACGAGAUUAUGUACAAAUACUCACGAAGAGGAUUGUUCAUCACGAUAAGUUAUUUUCUGCAUAUCGGUGUUACUGAAACAUUUAUGCUUAUAUUGCCCAUGGUACCGCCCAUUCUGGACAUCAUCGUACCAUUAAACGUGUCACGGAAACGUGUAUUCUUGUACCCGGCUUAUUUCUGGUUGGACGACGAAAAAUACUACGUGCUUUUAUUAGGACACAUGAUAAUCACCCUACUCAUGAUUUGCUUUAUAUUUUGCGCCUGCGAUACGAACUACGUGUACGCCGUGCAGCAUGCGUGCGGUUUGCUUGCAAUCGCCAAAUAUCGGUUUAAAAAUGUAUGCAAAAAUUUGAAAGAAGAUCACGCCAUCCCGUUAGAGGAAAUCAAGUAUAAAAGUAUAUGCGAAUCGAUCAAGGCGCAUCAACACGCUUUGAAAUACCUGAAGCUAAUCGAGAAUAGUUACCAUACUUAUCUAUUCGUUUCUAUGGGACUGCUGAUAAUGGCCAUUAGCGUCUCGUUAUUAGAGGUGGCAAACGGCAAGAAUGGGUCAAGAGAAUUAGUGCAGGCUACAUUUUUGUUCGCUCAAUUAUUCCACACGUUCAUUCUCACCGUUCAAGGACAAUUCGUGAUAAAUGAAUUGCAAGAUGUUUACGAAUCUAUAUAUGAAUCUCCAUGGUACACUUUUUCACCUAGAAUUCGAUCGUUGUAUGUGUUAUCGUUGAGAAGUUGCCUAAAUUUUCCCACGUUGACAGCCGGUGGUCUGAUAGUAUUGAAUUUACAAUCUUUCGCAGAGUUGAUUUCUAUUUCUUGUGUCUUCAAUCGGCUCAGUCUAGAUUCCAUCAUGGAUUCGGAUAUAUUGGAGAAGCGAUUCCUAAAGAUCACGAAAAGAUUCGCGAAGUUAAGCGGUAUUUGGCCCGAUCAAAAUAAGUAUCUCAAAUACAUUUCGUGGAUUAUUAUAUACGUUAUUAGUAUACCUUCUGUUGUUGUGCAGAUAGCAAGAAUUGUACACAUAUCUACUGCAAAUGUGAUAGUAGAGCAAUCGGGUAUCGCAACUGCCAUAUUUCUGUCGUUGUUAAAAGAGGCUAACUAUAUUUUAAAUGCAACAAAGGUUAAGUCUCUGUUCAACGAUAUGUACAUGGAUUGGAGAAUGGAUCGGCCGAAGAAGGAAUUUGAGAUUAUGUCAACGUAUGCCCAAAGAGGAUCUUUUCUUGCAAUGUUUUACUUUAUAAACGCGUACUGUUGCUCACUUUUAUUCUUACAAGUGCCAUGGACAGCCCGUUUGUUAUACAUGAUAAAAUCGCAAAACACGUCCCCGCCUAUGUUAUAUGUCAUACCAGGUUACUAUUUCGUCGAUGAUGACCGCGACUAUUAUUACUUCAUCCAACUGCACAUGAGCCUUUCGAUAAUCAUGGUGGCCAACGUGUACGUCGCCUAUGACACUUGUUACAUGGUAUUCGUGCAGCAUGUUUGCGGAUUGUUGGCCGUGGCCGGAUAUCGUUUCAAACACGCGAUCGACGAUUCUGCUUCGAAGAAUUCCGAGGAAAAGAUAAAAGAGACGUGUAAAAAAAUACGUUCUUCUAUUCAAGGACACGAACGAGCUAUAAGGUAUUUAAAGAAAAUCGAGGAUACACAUGUUAAUUUACUUUUCAUAUCUUUGGGUCUGAUAAUCAUGUGUUUUAGUAUCACGUUACUAAAGGUCGUUACGAUGGACUAUUGUUUGGAUUUUUAUAAAUAUUCCAGCUUUUUGAUCGUUCAAUUGAUGCACUUGUGCUAUGUGAUGAUUCAAGGACAAUUCGUGAUAGAUUCGUGCAACGAGAUUUAUUAUUCGAUAUAUGAAGCAUCAUGGUACAAUAUCAAUCCAAAAAUACAAGCGUUGUACAUAUUAGCAUUGCGAAGAAGUCUAACUCCACCUCGUUUAACCGCUGGUGGUUUAAUAGAAUUGAAUAUGCAAAGUUUCUCAGAAGUAAUAAAACUAUCUAUCUCGUAUUAUACAGUAUUAAGAUCCACGUAAAAAAAAAACAAUUAUAUAAUAAAAUAUUUAUACGAUGAUAGAUGUUACUCAGAA